CCUUCCCUCCCUCCUUUCUCUCUCUCUCCCCGCCUUCCCGGCGCUGCCACAGUGGCGGGACAGAGAAUCCUGACCAGUCAGCUCGCUGCGGCCUCGCGCUCCUCCUCCUCCUAAAUAAACAGCCCUCCCCACGCUGGGAGCCCGGGCCGCCCCCUUCCUCGCGCAGCCGGCGAGUGGCGAGGGAGCGCGGGACCGAAGGACCAAGGGACGGAGGGAGCGGCGCACGCGCGUGCGUGCGUGCGGGCGAGCGAGCGGCCGGCGCGAAGCCGGAGCAGGAGCCGGAGCCGGAGCCAUAACCCGGGCCGGAGCGGUCGUGAAGCCGGAGUCGAAGUCAAAACCGGGCUCCGGGCCGGCGCGCACGCACUCACGCACGCGGGGGGCGGGGCCGGCGCGCGCCCGCUUGUCGCGACAGUCGGGGCCGAGGCCCAGGGGGAGGUGGCCUGUCGCGGGUCGCCCGGCUCCCGGAGGCGAAGGGGGCGCGGGCGGAUGGCGGAAGGUGGCCAGCCGCAGCAGCAGCCGCCACAGCUCGGGCCCGGCGCCGCCGCCCGGGGCAUGAAGCGGGAGUCGGAGCUGGAGCUGCCGGUGCCCGGAGCGGGGGCAGACGGACCCGAGCCCGGCCUGAGCAAGCGGCCGCGCACCGAGGAGGCGGCCGACGGCGGGAUGCAGAACGAGCCACUGACCCCGGGUUAUCAUGGAUUCCCAGCACGGGAUGGCCAGGCUUCUCUUACACUAAAUGAGGCAAGUGUUCCCUUUGGAAAGGGUAACCAGGAGCCAACAACAACUCCUGAGGCAAUGGUUCAGCCUUUUACCACCAUCCCGUUCCCACCACCUCCACAGAACGGAAUUCCCACAGAAUACGGAGUGCCCCACACUCAGGACUAUGCCGGUCAGACCAGUGAACAUAACCUGACACUCUACGGGAGUACACAGCCCCACGGGGAGCAGAGUAGCAAUUCACCCAGCAACCAGAAUGGAUCUCUCACGACAGAAGGUGGAGCACAGACAGAUGGACAACAGUCACAGACACAAAGUAGUGAAAAUUCAGAGAGUAAAUCCACACCCAAGCGACUACAUGUCUCUAAUAUUCCCUUCCGCUUCCGGGACCCUGAUCUCCGGCAGAUGUUUGGGCAGUUUGGCAAAAUCCUAGAUGUGGAAAUAAUCUUUAAUGAGCGCGGCUCCAAGGGAUUCGGGUUCGUAACUUUCGAGAAUAGUGCUGAUGCAGACAGGGCCAGGGAGAAAUUGCACGGCACCGUGGUAGAGGGCCGUAAAAUCGAGGUGAAUAACGCUACAGCGCGAGUCAUGACCAACAAGAAGAUGGUCACGCCAUAUGCAAAUGGCUGGAAGUUAAGCCCAGUAGUUGGAGCUGUGUAUGGCCCUGAGUUAUAUGCAGCAUCCAGCUUUCAAGCUGAUGUGUCCCUAGGCAAUGAGGCGGCUGUGCCCUUGUCAGGAAGAGGAGGCAUCAACACUUACAUUCCUCUAAUCAGUCUCCCUUUAGUUCCUGGCUUCCCUUACCCAACUGCAGCCACCACGGCAGCCGCUUUCAGAGGAGCCCAUCUGAGGGGCCGAGGGCGGACAGUGUACGGUGCAGUCCGAGCGGUGCCUCCAACAGCCAUCCCCGCCUAUCCAGGUGUGGUUUACCAGGACGGAUUUUACGGUGCUGACCUCUAUAUAGAAUCUGCAAACUGCUUCAGAUCAAACAGGGCGGAUAUGCAGCCUACAGAUAUGCACAGCCUGCUACUGCAACCGCAGCCACAGCUGCUGCCGCCGCUGCAGCCGCUUACAGCGACGGUUACGGCAGGGUGUACACAGCUGACCCCUACCAUGCCCUCGCCCCUGCCGCCAGCUAUGGAGUUGGCGCUGUGGCGAGUUUGUACCGAGGUGGCUACAGCCGAUUUGCCCCCUACUGAAGUGACGUGAGACCCUGCAAAUGGGACAGCCCCCAGUUCAUGAGGCCUGGCUAUUGCAAUAUUUACUAGUAGAGGACUCUAUAGCAAGAUGAAGAGGAAAACAAACAAACAAAAAAAGAGAGAAUACUUUUUUAUACCUCACUAUGUUCUUUGAAUAUGUAUUUUCCUUUAAAUUUCUGCCUUUAAUUCUUUUGUUCCAAAGAUUGUGCUUUUUUGUUUUGUUUUGUUUUGUUUUGUUUUCGGAUUUUUGUUUGGGGGGGUGGCUUUUUUGUUUUGGUUUGGUUUUGGGUUUUUUUUUGUUUGUUUUUUUGGUUUUUUGUUUUGUUUGUUUUGUUAGGGGGUUGUUUUUACUUUUGCUUUUUUUUUUUUUUUAAACUGUGGUUAAAAAAAAAAAAAGAUACUGCAUUUCCAUGUCUAUAUGUCCGUGCUUAGCUUAUUCUGUCAGUCACAGAAGAGGCAAUCCAGGAGGAAGGAGCUGACACAUGUGUUUAAUCAGAAGCCAGCAGACAGAAUUACCAAAGUGUAUCUGGUGCUGAGUGGCUGGGGAGACAGGCAGAGUGGAGGCCAGCUCUGCAGCAGUCUGCUCCUCUGGGCCUGUCUUUGGCCGGAGGCUCUGACUGGCUGUGGCUGGAAUCCACAUGCCGCUAGGUAGGAGUUUGUGCUUGCAAAACAGGAGAAUUUAAAAGAUGCUUUUCUCUCCUCUUCCUUCCUGUUUUUGCAUUCUUUUUACAAUCAUUUACACUCACAGCCUGAGAGUGUUGGCAUGAUUUUGGGAAUUACAGUGCUGGUGUUUCCAAGCAUGCUUUCAGACUGUGGAUGGGAAACACCUCAGUAGAAACUGAUCUUGGCGUGAGCUCCAGAAUAGGAAAACACCUGUUUCUUUUCUUUUCAGAAAUCCCAGCAUUCCUGCUGGACUGCUGCCCCUUUCAUUGAGCCACUGUGCAACUCAUCUGUUCUUUUAUUACCAUGCUACUCCCACGUCCUCAAGAUUCAGGAAUUUAGGAUCCAGGGACCGAAGAAUGAAUAGUCAGUGGCCAGACAACCCCCCCUCCCCCUCCCCCAGAUAUCUGGGCAUAGCUUGAAGAUUAAAAGUACAAAUUCUUCAGAGCCAUUAAAGAGUGCAUAGAAGAGAAAAGGGGGUGUUCAGCCUGAUAUUUCUUCCUUUUCUUGCAGCACAAAGUCAGUACAGAGUAAGAAAGGCAUCAGAAAGCCUCUGCUGGGGCAAGAUAAGGAACCAGCCCUAGGUUGGCUGUCCCUGCAAGUGUAGUGAUGAGGACCAGUAAGGGCAGGCAGAGGCACUUUGUACUCACUCCAAAGCCAUAGGAAUUUCCAUCUUCCAGAGCCUCUGUGAGUCUCCAGCCCUUGAGGCCUCUGUACCCAGCUUCACCCUGUCCUCCAGAGUCACAGCCAAGCACCUGGACCCCUUGGAGAACAUUAAGAAGACAGGCCAUGGAAUCUAAGUCUGCCGUGGAGGAGGAUGUAAAGUGGCAAGGGUCCUCCUGAAGAGGCCAUGGCAGUGAGACCUGGCUUCAGUUCUGUUUCCAAAGGACUUCUCCCAGAUCUGAGGUGUACCCAAAAGGCAAGGGUCCCACAGAGGCUCCAAAAUGAAGGCAUUAAGAUCUGGGCGCCUCUGCUGGCUCCCUGGUCAGGUCACCUGAGGGAUUGCUGCUAACAGGAGUAGUUCAGAGACACGAGCUUUGGUUUUGUUAGGUUUAUUUUAGGUUUGUUUUUAUUGGGGUUUUGGUUCUUUUGCUGAUGUUUCUGCCUCUGCCUCUACACAGUUUUGACUGAUAAAUGAUUUGUGUCCCUGAAUUAAAGUGGCUGACAUUUGACUGCAUCAAGCAUACUUUUAUAAGCAGGGAGGUCCUUGGCCUGCAGUUGACACAUAUCGUCUUGCCCUCGGAUCCUGUCCCCAUGAUCUCUGAGGAGACAGCAUGGAAGCCAGAGACCUCGGUGUAGUCACUGGUUCUGGGGCAAUGUGUGGAAUAGGAAACAAGACUGCCUGUUUACUGGCUUUUUAUGGAGUCUCUUCCCCAAGCCAAAGUUUGGUUUGUUGUUGCUGUCAUGACAGUUUUCAUUGUAUGUGCGUAACUAUUUUAGUUAGGGGAAGGGAUGGGCUGGGGCCUCUUGGAGUUCUAGAGAAUGGGGCAGAGGGUUUGUUGGUUUGUUUGUUUGUUUGUUUGUUUGUUUUUGAGGAAAUUUACUGGCUAAAGGAACAGAGGUUUGGGGUCUUUGUUUAAUAAGGGCCGUCCUCACAAGAAGGCCAGCCUGCUCGUUCACCUGGUCGAGACUGGGCCAGUCCUCGACAGCUGUAUCCACAAAGGGCAGAAAGGGAGAAAGAACAGAAGAAGGUUCCUCUUCUUUCUUCCUAGACAGAAAUAAGGGCAGCCGUGGCAGAGUGAAGGCAGUCCCCAAGGCGGGAGGGCCUGCGUGCCCUUCAGUUGAGCUGGUUCUGGCUGCGGCUUCCAAGGCCAGUUCUGCUUGCCAGCGCAUCUCUCUGCUGCACGGACAUGGACGCUCUCCAGUGCCACUUCUUCAAGCUCCUUUUCCAAGGAAGAAUAGAUGGAGUUGGCUUUUUAUGCAAGGGUCUUUGGAUUUCACAGUGAGCACUGAGAGUUGGGACUCUCCCAAGUGUCUGGACUCCAUUGUAUUUGCCUCACGGUUGGUCCUCAAGGCCACGGUGCUGGCCUGUGGAACUGCUUUAGGAAGCAGGCUAGAGGAGCAUUUUGUGACUCUGUUAGAAGAUUCUGGGUGAUGAUCUCAAAAAGAUGGCUGAUGCUGAAUCGCAGUGUGAGAAGGACAUUUUCAGCUUUGCAGGCAUCUGUAGCCUGAGCUUUCUAUGCUGCGAAUCUUCCCUUAGAAGCUGGCCUCCUUUAAGGAGACUUGUAGUGAAAACAUUGUCUGGCUGUCCCACUUUCAGCCCGGAGAGCUGCCUUAGGUCUUUUCUAGAAUGUCUGUGUUACUUAGUUCAGCCUCAGCCCAGACCCACCACGUCACCCGUCAUUUUCAAGGCUCUCAGGGUUCCCGGGACCUCCGUCACCAUCACCCUGCAGCAGUCGCAGGCUGAACUGAGCCAACACGUUUCCUUCCUCUGGAAACCGCCUGGCUCUUGGCUCUUAGUUUAAAGAGAGCUCGUGGCUUUUCCUCCAACAUGGACUCCUCAGGGGCUGAACUGUUUAGUGUAGGCUGUGCUUUCCUAGAGGUGCAGCCGGCAGGUCUAUGACCACCUCCAUCCUGUAACUAGUCAUGUAGCUUCCAGACACAAGGAGCUAGAAGAUGAGUGGAGCAACCCCAAGGAUGUGCAAGAAGAGCAUAGCGUGCCCCCUCCCUGUGCCAGGCCAACAAGGCCAGCCAAAGGCAGUCUGGAGCACAGGUGUGUCAGGAGGGCAGGAAGCUGCCUGGCCCAGCCAGUUCCCCACUACUCGAAACUAGCAUGGCAAUGUCUGCGGAAGCGCAGAUUUUUUUUUUCCCCCAGAUAUUAGGAGGAAAGGGACUUUGGGGGGUGGGGAAGGGGUUGUGGUGUUUCGAAGCAUAAGUUACCUGUUUGCACUGUUUUCAGCUAGGACACGCUAGUGGGCACGGUGAGCAUCUGAUGUAAACGUGUGUUUCAUUUUGUCAUGCUCUUGAGAAUGUCUGACCAUUUGUAGUAUACACCAGUGACACUUGAUUCUCUGUUGCAUAAAACACUAUAUUUUUGGAAAUGUUGCUGUCCGGAAGCCUCUUCCCACCUUCUCCCUCUCCUAUGUACCUCCUUUAUCCUUGCUUUCCUCAUUCAGCCAGGCAAUUGCCAUCCCCGAGCUAGAGCGGGAAACAGGGCCCCAUCCCAAGCAGGCUCUGGGUGUCCUAAGCCAGCAUGUGCCCUCUAGGUUCCUGAGUGCAGGACAGUCCCUUGGCAACUUUCCUUUUGAAAGGCUCACCAACUACCACAGGUUGCCGAACUCUUGAGCAAGGCCCAGUGAGCCAGGGGGCACAGGUCCCUGAAGUACUGUGGUUGGCUGGAGAAGCCGUGUUCUUAUGCAAGUUACCGAAACUGUAGCCAGUUACAGUGUACUCAGGAAAAACGGUAGAUGAGUUCAGCCAUGGUGGUGCUGGCUGGCAGGGAUUGGUAACUGAGAACUGCUCAUCAGCCAAAACUCAAUCUUGCCUUGACAGACCCCCCGCCUAGGGGGCAGCCCUCUGCCUGGCAGUUCUGUACACGCCAGCGCUGGGGGUACUGCGUUCACCCUGGCAGGCAAAAAGGGAACAGCGAUGCUCUUUCCUUCCCCUCCCCUUCCGGUUACCAAUGCCAGAUUCCCAGGGGCACUCGAGUUUUUGAGUUUUUCAGAAAAUGCUUUUGGUUUGGUUUUUUCUGGGGACUGGCGAGCUUUAACGCUGUCUGCCCCCAUCAGGACUCCUAGCUUGUAUUUUUGUUCACAGUAUUUUUGUGUGUGCGUGCUUGUUGGGCAGCUCAUUUUGGCUGCAUUAUAUAUCGAGUGAUGAACCGAUCCUUCUUUCUUUUUCCCCGAAGGGACAUGACUUUUCCCCUUCUGUCCCCAUUCUGCUGGUGACUAGCUAGAGCCACCCUGGGGCUGACACAUGUGAAGUUAGAGCUGCAGAGCCAACUGAGGCUCCAGGUGUUUGAGUCUCAAAUCUUUUCAAGGCUCAAAGGACCACAGAACCUCGCUCUUCUCCACACCCCUGUGGCAGGGAGUAGCCUGCCUAGCACGUGCAGUUUCCCCGUGGCAGGACAGGUACCGCUGGGGAAUGGGGGCAUACGCGGAUGCUUGUACAAUUGACCACCUAGCCUUGUCUCCUUCCCUCCCGUCCUUUCCCAGAAUCACCUCCUAGGACACCCGAGCUGCUUGCCCAGGGUCCUGUUUCCCUGCUAACCCCAGAGAAGCACCCAGGGCUUUGUGACAGUCUCUAACUCCCUCCCUCCCUCUCCUCCUCCUUAAGAAUCAUAUUGUAUAGUAGCUUUCAGACCAUACAGUAUUCAUUGGUUACUCCUAUUACUAUCAAGUAGCUGGAAUUGUGAAGGUUGGAGUAGUUAGAUCUUUAGCUUUUAUUCCUUAUUUUUUGUAUUACUCUCCAUGUGUAUAAAUUAUUGAUCAUGUUGCUGGCUUUUAUAAACUCUAAGCAAAGGAAGGGCCCUGCCUUAGCCUUUGCAAAUGGUAAUGAAGCACUGUUUUUAAAUAAAAGAGAGAAACACCA